AUGCCAGCCCGCGCAGGGCCAUCCACCGCCAAAGCCGCUGCCAGAACUAAACCAAGGGCGGCCACCACAGAAGACGAGGAGGAAAUCACUGUCAUCGAGCCCCGAAAGGUUCCCGCACGAGCGAGCAGCCGGCCGGCCGCGUCAAAGGGAAAGGGCAAGGCAAAGGCUGAAAAAGAGGUCGAGAUUGUGGAACAGUCGCCAGAUGAACUAGACGAUCCAGGGCCUGCGAACGGCGCUCCAACCAUUGCUGGGCGAAGUAGGAUUCAAGCAGCCCCAACAACAAAUAAAUCUGCCAAUUUUCCUGUGCCGCAUUCACGCCAGACGGAGCGGUUGACGCGUCGAUUGGAACAGGCCAAUAAACACAUCGCGGAAUUGGAAGCCCAACUUAAGGAAGCGUAUAGGGUGCGCACUACCGAAGCAGAGGAUUUGUUAGCACAACAACUAGACAAACACCAAGAGGUCAUCCGAGCAAAAGACGACAUUAUAAAGCAACAGGCAGAGAUGCUGUCCCACAAAGAACCGCUCGCCAGCGAGGGCAAGACCUCUGUUCUAUACCUCGUCACUCGUGAACAGGCAGACGCGGACAAGCGUUCAGCAGAGGAGCAGGUGACAUUUUGGAAACGUGAGGCGGACCAAAGGGCAGAUCAAGUAGAGGAGCUCAAGCAAAAAGUGAAAGACCUCGAAUACGAAGUGGAGUUCGAGCGCGAAAAUGCGACUAAGGCGCGUCAGCAAAAAGGCGGACCUCUUUACACUCCAGCGCCGGCCUCAGGUCGCAAUGUGCUUGGCGCGUCAGAGCCAAAGCAUGCUGAACUCAUCAAGUUCUACGAGGACAUGACCAACACGCUUGUCACGGACAUAAAGCUGCAAGAGCCCAAAUUCUUCAACCUCGACGAAUGGCUGUUCACGUGUAUUUAUACGUACGUCAACAAGGAGGGCGAGAACCAACGCAGUCUCGGGUUCAGCCUGCGCUUCACCCACGAGCCAUUGGAUGACGAGGAUGCAGAAGAGCCUCAAUCAGUAAACGAUCUGGAAAAGCGAGUACGGUUUACGCCCCUCACGCUGGACAAGGAAAGCCCAGAAUUUGUCAACGUCCUCGAUUUUCUGGGCGGUGGAUUUACGUUCCAGAGGACACAAUUGCCACUAUUCUUCAGUUCGUUGUUGGAAAACAUGAAACGAGCUUGCGAGCCUCCGCCAGAAGAAGAAGACGACAGUAUGGAGGUGCAAUGA